GAUUGGGAACACGGGUUUACGUACAUUGUGUACAUCUCGCUCGCUCACCAGCCGGUUCGCCGAAUUGCAUCGUAGCUCCGCUCCAUGAUUGCAUUGACCUGAGAAAUGACAAAAUGAAUGACAUGAAUGAGGAAAUACAAUGCAACACUGCACUACAUAAAUACACUGUAGCUACCGCAUGAGCUGAGACGUGAGACUGAGAUUCUGCCUUGGAUCAUCCAUAGAGCAAGGAAUAUGGAGAAUAUGUCUUGGAGAAGGGAAUUAUUGUCCCGCGAUAUUGAGUCUGUGAUCGAUGUCUGUGUGAACGAUCCGGCGUGUCCUUUCAAAAAUUUCGAGCACGGCAAAAAUUCCUUCAGUUUUGUUCUGAACAUCAAUGGAGAACUGUCAGCUUAUACCUUCAAUGUCACAGAAGAUUACCCAGAUAACAGCGCACUGACUUGCCUAAACUUCCCUGACAAACCCGAAUUCAUUCAGGAACGCAUCCCGAUCGUGUUCAGGAGGAUGGCUCAUGAGCAUUGGAAACCCCUUGAUGUGUGCUUACCUGACAUCAGUAGCAUCCAGGAUAAGGGCGGGGGUGAUGCCAGUAAAUUGAACAGCCACAGUCUGAUGGUGAUUGAUGACGAGCAGCCGCCACAUUCACCAUCAUCAGUUUACACAGACGGUACGUGUGACACUGAUGACACAGACUAUGAUGAUAUGUACUACAUGGAUCAAGAUGAGGAAGGGUAUUACUGUGAUGAGGAAGAUGGGCAAGACAGCAGUACUCAUCCAUUGUUGAUGCACGACAUGGAACAAGUCAGGAAACACUUUGGACCAAAUGCAAUCAAUGGCAGGGUAUUCACAGAGCUCAGAGAUAUAGAUGUGGAGUUGAACAUCGAUGUGUCCUUCCUUGAGGAUGAAAUCAGCAAGGCGUGGUGCAUCAGCCGGUGUGAGCCAAUCGUUGUCCGACUUCACUGUUCACUCAACAAGUACUUAGAUGCAAACGUCCCUAAAGUUGAAGUAUUUCAGCCCUCUAAGAGUGGCCACUCCGGUAUAUGUAGUCAACUCAGAAAGAUUGCGGAGACUGUGCUACUACAGCAAUGGAAGAACCUAAGCAAUGACUAUGUGCAAUCACAGCUCAAGAAAGCAACACCAUCACCCAAUAGAUCGCCAGCUAGGCAAUGCUCAGUAGAAGACCAUUCCCUGGCUAAGCUUGUAGACUUAGGAUUUGGGAUUGAAGAUGCACGCAGUGCACUAAAAAUGUCCCAGGGACACUUGGAGGAUGCUGCUAAUCUGCUUGCCAUCCAGCCAGAACUCGGAAGCAGUGCAUCUACGGAUCAGGGCAGUCAGAAGAAACUGAGCAAACGGCUGUUCCCGUGGCAGAGGAGUUCAUCAGUCAACGGCCAGGCAGUUACUCCCCCUGGAACGGAGGAGCUUCACCUGAUUCCAGCGGCUACGCAAAAUGGCAAGAAUGCGAAGAUGAUACCGAGCCUAGAUCACGGCUUCCUAGUCCAGCUCUAUAUCUACCUGAGGAAUCGUAUCCCAACACUCAGUGAAUUCUGUGUCGUGUGUGAUGAGCAGCACAUCUUUCAGAAUGGGGCUAUGCUAAAGCCUGCAGUGUGUGAGCGGGAACUCUGCGUCUUCUCCUUCCAAACGCUGGGCGUCAUGCAAGACGCCGCCGAGAACAUUGCCUCGGGAGCUGAGGUCGUUGACCUGAUGGUUGCCAUGGUGGCCUCCUCCAUCAAGUCCACUCGCAGACACUUGAUCUUUGACCCUUACCCUAUGGUGGUGGACCCCAGGAAUCCGAAAGAAUUAGCGUUCACGCCUAAGAAGAAGAAUUACGAACGCAUCCAACAAUCGCUUGACAGCUUCAUCUCCAUCAGGGAGAUGUUAGCCGCUGGUUGCUGCACGGACGUCAAGAAACGGAUGGAUGCACAAGAUGCACUGGCUUAUCCAUUACUGCAAUGGAUCAUCUCCAGUAAUCGUUCACACAUUGUCAAGCUCCCGGAAGGAAGGCAAAUCCGCUUCAUGCACACACCCCACCAGUUUCUACUCCUGAGCAGUCCGCCAGCCAAAGAAGCUGCAUUCAGGAAAGCCAAGAUGCUCAGCGGUAGUACCUUUGCCUUUCACGGUUCCCAUAUAGAGAACUGGCAUUCCAUCCUGAGACAUGGUCUCAUUAAUGCUUCCGGUACUAAACAUCAGAUGCAUGGUGCUGUGUACGGGAAAGGUAUCUACCUCAGUCCCCACUCUAGCGUGUCGUUUGGCUACUCUGGCAUGGGACAUGGCAUCCACAAGCAAGCCAAGAAGCUGUCUGCAGAAUCAGGACACAACGACUCGCAGGUCAACCGGAAUGCCCCGAUGUCUACCUGUAGGUUCUUACAAAGCAAGAACUUGACGUGUAUUGCACUAUGUGAAGUGGUGAACUCCAAGGAUCUCACCAAGCACGGCCACGUGUGGGUCUGCACCAACCCCGACCUCGUCUGCACAAGAUUCUUCUUUGUUUACGAAGACGGGAAAGUCGGUGACCAAGCCGUAGAUACAACACAAGAGAAGUACACCAGGGAAAUCAUCGCAGCCAUGGCCGACUGCUGUGCACCAUGACCCUUGACCUCCAUAGCAUGACCUCUGACCCAGCUAGGCCCGUAUGGAGUCAAUGACGUACACCGCAUCUCAAAACCAUGGGAAAUGAAGUUACAGAGAAUUUUCUCAAAACUUACAUCUUAUGUAUAAAAUAGCCGAAACCGAUGGCUGGUUUGAAUCUGAUGUAGCAGCAGUUCAUUGGGCAGUUAUUGCAAUACGAUGCCUUACGUACCAAAAAGCAGAUUUCCACAUGCUGUGGGAUUUUUCAAAGUACAAAAACCAAAUUCUCAUUUGUCAAGUUAAGUCCGUCAUAAGUGUUUCAUUAAAUGACUUCAGGGAGACUUCACACUGUCUAAGGCUCUCAAAGGCAUUUCUCGCAUAACAAUAAUACGUGGAUUGUUGAAAGUAUAGUGUAAUACUACUACAAUCAACUAAUUCAUGUACUUUCGAAAGUUGCAGUUUUUCAUGUAAUUAUCUAAAGAAAGAAUUUCAGGGAACACAAACAUUUAUAUCCACAAAAUCAAGUUAGAAGUAUCAUAUAAAAAAAAUGGUGUAUUGACAAUCCCAAAAUGCUAUUUUUGGCUAUUUCGUAAGAAGGUGCACCUCUAAUGAGGCCUAUAACAUUGAAGAUUACCAACAAGGUACCAAGAGUGGUAAUGUAACAGGAUAUCUGUGUCAGUACAAAGACUAGGAGUCAAACCAAUAAGGUGUACAAAACCAAAGUCACUUGAAAGAAAUUAUAAUGUAUGAAACUUGCUUUCAAUUUUAAACAAAUUCAAUUACUGUUGAUUAUUAAUAAGAUACAGUGUGUACAGUACAUUGUUUUUCCUUUUUGGGUGUUUUUUUUUGUUUUGGAGUUGUGUACAUAAAAUUGGUGUUUAAGGCCGCAUAUUCAAAUAUAAAAAUCAGUACAGUGUAUAA